CCUUCGACAAACGCAGCCACAACUCCUUUGCGACGUCUCGCGCUUCACUCUACAACCACUUGUUCCGCAACUGCCUCCGCAUACGGGAAGUGCAUUCUCGCGACGUAUACCGACGUCCAUAAAGACACCUGCAAGGAGGAAUUUGCAAAAUUUGGUGCAUGCUUGCGGGAAGCUGUA